AUGGCCAACAAGCGCAAACGGUCAUCAGGACUAACCGCCGCGUCCGACGUGGUAUCAUCCAACACGGACCAGCUUAGGAACCGCCGUACUGCAGUCCCUCUGCCAGCAAAUGUCGCAAGACAAGAGCCUCAGCCACCGCGCCGUCAGCCAUCGCGAGCGGGGAAUUCCGCAAAUACGAACCCCAAAGCCAAUAUACUUGACGGAAUAUCAUCUCUACGGGCUUCGCCUGAUGGUGGCGAGUUUACCGGUGUUGGAUCCGGUGUGAAACCUCGUAGGGAUAAUUCUGGCCGUGCGGACAAAACUGGGGCCGGCGUUCGAAGGAACACGACGGAAGCGCUACCUGAGACUGCGGCGGCUGAUCUUCCUGACCGGCCACCCGGCAGGAAUAAGAGAAGGAAAGACCCCUCGCAGCAUGUGAAGGUGGACAGUGCGGAGACCAAUAACACUCCCGUUAAUGCCGCUUCAAAGGAUGUCACUCUUCCGCCUAGAGAUGCCGUCGAACAGGACGUGGGGGUGACUGUCGAUCCAGAAGAGGGGCCGACGGGCGAGGAGGACGAGGAGGAGGUCAAGGAAGCGCACUCCAGGCCGUCACCCGUCAACUCUGACUAUCUUCCGCUGCCGUGGAAAGGACGGCUGGGAUAUGCCUGUCUCAACACCUACCUUCGCAACGCUAACCCACCCGUCUUCAGUUCUCGAACGUGCCGUAUAGCCAGUAUCCUGGAACACCGUCACCCUCUCAAAGACCUGUUGCAACCUGAACAUGCCACUAAGAACCGGCCCGACAAAGAUCAGCCUGCGGAUACCACACGAGGACAGAAGUAUGUCGAGGAAUUGGGCCUAGCCAACGCACGAGACGUGGUCAAGAUGCUACGUUGGAACGACAAGUACGGGAUCAAGUUCAUGCGACUGAGCAGCGAGAUGUUCCCUUUCGCCUCUCACGAUGAAUUUGGGUACAAACUUGCGCCCUUCGCAGCGGAUACUCUCGCGGAGGUAGGUAGAGUAGUUGCCGAGCUGGGCCAUAGGGUUACCACGCAUCCAGGCCAGUUUACCCAGCUCGGAUCGCCGCGUAGGCAAGUCAUUGACGCGUCGAUGCGCGACCUUGAGUAUCACGAGGAGAUGCUUUCUCUUCUCAAGCUGCCACCUCAGCAGGACCGAGAUGCGGUGAUGAUAUUGCACUUGGGCGGAGCCUUUGGUGACAAGGCUGCUACACUUGAUCGCUUCCGGGAGAAUUACGCCAAAUUGCUACAAAGUGUCAAGAACCGGCUAGUGCUUGAGAAUGACGACGUGAUAUGGUCGGUACACGACCUUCUACCAUUAUGCCAGGAACUCAAUAUCCCUUUCGUUCUCGACUUCCAUCACCACAAUAUUAUCUUCGAUUCUGCGAAGAUCCGGGAAGGGACGAAAGAUAUUGUGGCCCUCUUUCCCGCCAUCAUUGAAACAUGGACGAGGAAAGACAUCACUCCAAAGAUGCACUAUUCCGAACCUUGUCCAGAUGCCAUUACAGGCAGGUCUCGACGAAAGCAUUCGCCGCGUGUCAUGACAUUGCCCCCUUGCCCAGAUACAAUGGACCUCAUGAUCGAAGCGAAAGACAAGGAGCAAGCAGUCUUCGAGCUCAUGCGCACUUUUAAGCUUCCCGGUUUCCACUUGUUCAACGACGUUGUUCCGCACAUCCGGCAAGACGAGAACAAGCCCUUCAAGCCGAAGCCAAAGAAAGCUGCCAAGAAAAGGAAGAAGAAGAAAUCAGAUGACCUCGACGAUCUCGACCUGAAAAUCGAGGAGGCAGAGGAAGAAGAGAAGGCGCCGCCUCUCGUACCCGAACAUGAAGUGGGCAUGGGCGGGCCCGAGAAUCGCGUGUACUGGCCUCCUGGCAUGGAAGACUGGCUUCGGCCACCGAAGCGCAUCAUGAAGAAGAAAGAGGAAGGUGCUGCGACACCUGCAAAGAAGAAGAGGAAAACUGCGGCAGCCUCCGACGAAGCCUCAGUCAACGGUGAAGUCAAUGGCGCCGAGAUAGAGACCAAAACGGCUGCCAAGAAGGCUGCACCUCGGCGUGCAGCAGGCUCGGCGAAGAAGAAGACGCCGAAGUCUGUUCCUACACCUGAGCCUUCGGAAGAGGAUAGCGAGCCGCUUAGCGAUAUUGGGGAUGAGGAGGAGAGCGUGGUUGGCGCGAGGAGUCUCGCUGUCGCUGCUAAACCUCCUGCGCCAACGAGGAAGAGGUCAGGGAGGGUGUCGCAGAGGAUAAGUUACAAGGAGGAGGAUGCGGAUGAGAUGAGUGUGUAG